CGGAAUGCGGCUCGUCGUAGUGUCCAUUGCCACUCGUGAGGUUCUUUUGAACGGGAGCGUUUUCUCUUAACCACUGAGUGAAAACUUUUGAAUAUUCAUGAGUUUCGGCCUCUCUCUGUGGUUCAGAAUGACUCGGUGACCCUCAAAACGUGUACUGUUGAAAGUAAGAAAUCAUUCCUUCGAUCAAGCAGUCGGCUUGAAAAGCACGCACUUUCCGGACUUUCCGAAAUAACCCUUCUCUCAGGAAAAAAAGAUCCUAAUGUCGGACCUUGACGACAUUGAAGAUGUAUUUGAGGUAGGUACACGAGUAUGAAAGUGUUUAUUUAGACAACUUUGUCAAAUUCAUAGUUGCUCCAUAGUUGUUACUGUUUACACGGAAUACUAUGUGAGGUUCAGACUUCCCACACACGCGAUUGAUGUAAGCUUGAUUAUCGAUUACCUCGGUUAGUGAGUAAGUAUGCUCCAUUGUGAUAAGUGAGACUAGUUGAACUGAUCGGAAUGAAAUAUUGCAGCAACUUGCGCAGGCAAGCAUGAAAAUAUGAAUAAUUCUAACUUAAACUUAAUCAAUUAAAUUAAGCUCAAUCCUUAAUCCUUAACGUCACACGGAUUCGAUUUAUUAGUCGUGCUCAAAAAUUUAAUCUUAAAUAAAAUCAUAAAUCGUAUAGUUUAGAGGACGUUUACAGCCAGUUUGAUAAUAUCUCUGCUCAGUUUAUUAUCUUUUGGUUGUGGCUAUUCAUUUUGUUGAAUGUUUAUGUUUUCAUUAAAAACAGCCACCCCAGUGCCUGCCCUCCCUUGUAUUUCCUGAGUAUUUACGGACCUGCCCAACCCCUGAUAAGGAAAAAUCUGGAAACUCAUGAAAAAAAAAUUCGGGAGAUUCUACAAAAAGUAGUGUUAUUCUAUUUUACAAAGCCCCAUCAAGGCUUAAACAGGCACCAGCAUUCCCUGCAAAAUUUCUGUUUUUAUUCAGCAGGGUAACAUUUCAUUUCAGAAUGAUAUUUCCCCAAAAACUGUGAGAUUUAGAAUUUUGUCGUGAGGCCAUGAGAAAAGUUAAAAAAAUUGUGAGACUCACAGGAGAAUCAUGAGAGUUGGCAAGUCUGUAUUUAUUUUUUCAGGUUGCGAGUUUCUAUGGUCGAGGGUGUAGUUCAUAGUCAUGCUUGGCGUAAUUUUCCUUUUUAACUGGGCUUGCUGUAGGCAGGCCCAGUUUAUAAAAUACCUUCAAUUUUUCCUCCAUGGGGUGUAUCCCUAGCAAUUCAUGGUGGGGAUGUGUGGACUCAGUCUCUUAAUCCUAACUGUAGACUCUUAUUUCAGAUGUAUAUCUUUUAGGCAAAUGUGAGCAAGCACCCAGCUGAAUUGUUGCAUAUUUCUUUGUUCAGUAAAUGGCUUCUAUCAAUGAUUAAGCGAGCAAUGUGGGGAGCGUAUUCCUGGGAAUUGUUAGAGGGGUGUAUUGUUCUGUUUGCCAAAUCCUUACUCCAGAUUUUAUAUCAGCUCAAUACCUAUAAGACAAAUGUAAGAGAGUACUCCCCUGGAGAAUUUCAUGAUGAUAAUCACGAUCAAUUAUUAACUUGGUAACCUUUAAGCAUGUUAAGUGAAGGCAGCCAGUAAAUGAAGAUGUGUUUGAAGCUCGUGUAGUGUGCUUUUUCACACGUUUCAAAAUGGCAUCAGACAGAAGAAAAAUGAGGGAAAUUUGUACACAGUUACAUGCCCAGUGGGUGAACACAAUAUCACUUUUUUGCCGGUACCCAGCUGGCACUAGUGCUUGGGUACGAAGUGCGAGCAUAGUCUUUGAUCCUUGAUUCUGAUAAUUGGGGAAAGGAGGAUGAAAGUGCAUUAUAAACACCAUUUUUGGCCUUAUAAACAAAAUUCCUAAAGCCUCUCUUCAGCUUAAGUCUGACUUAGAAUUAUCACAGAGGUAAGCAAAUCAUUAAGUGAGCAAGAGCAAAUCAUUGAGUGAGCAAGGGAGGUGAGCUAGACUGAAAUAUGUGAACAAGCUGAGGAGGGGCUGUACGAGAGUUAGUUAAAACAGUUAGAUUUUCAUUUUUGGAAAAUCAUUUAUGCACUGCAAAAUGAAUAUAGUGAAAAGUAGAGGUGAAGGUGUAAGUUUUUAAAUAUAAUUAUUUUUCAAUGGUUUCCUCUUAUAGUGGGUGGAGUCCAUCACAGAGAAGAGUGUGCAGAGUAUCUCCUUCUUCCGUCUUCCCUUAACCCCAGUUUCACCAGUUUGCAUUUAGUUUUUUGUUAGUGAUAUUUGCUAAUCUGCAUAAAAUUGUACCCAAAUCUUUGGAAACACACUGUUUAAUCAUUUUACUAUAAUCUACCACCUAAUUAGGGAUGGUUAGAAAAACCUGUGGAAGAAGAUGUCAGUAAGAACAAGGGCUGGCUGAAAAAAUCAUUUGCAAAGAAAUGGAAGAAAGGAUAUUAUGUUCUACGUAAAUAUUGUGCAGGGAAUCAGCCAUUCCUGCAGUGGUUUGACAAAGAGGAUGGCUGGCGAAGGCAGAUGCCCCGUGGGACAAUAGAACUGUUUCCAAGGUACAAAGUGUUUAAGAGAGCAGAGCACAAGGCCAAGCAGUUUGUCUUUGAGAUAAGCACUGAUGCUGAGUCCCUGUUGCUUGCGGCUGAGAGUGAGACUGUUAUGGACUUGUGGGUCAUUCAGCUACAGAUGCAAACUUUAAUGAACCCACGAAUAGGAGGUUGGUUUGCAUGAGAUGUAAUGUCAUUUAAAUGCAAAUUGAACUAAGUUCCAUAAAGAGCAGCUGUUUUUUUAAUGGCAUUUAGUGGUAACAUGGAUAUGUGUAAUGCAAUAAGCACUCUUGUUGUAGCUUCACGGAGCACUUUUCAGGGUGUCAGUUUCUCUGUGGAACAUUAAAUGCUCCACAAAAUUUUAAUUUAGAAACAAAUUAAAAGAGCUUGGAAGGAGAUUGUUUCAUUUUGGCCCCUCUCUUUCCAAGCUCUUUGAAUAUGUUUUUACUGUAAGCAAAGUGUAACCGACAUGCCUUGACCACUCUCUGUUUGGAUGCACCUGGGUUACAGGCAUCGCCUGCCAUGGGAGCAGUUCACCAGACAUUGCAGGCACCAAUCUUCAUCCAGUGUGAAGCAGUUGUCAACCUCUUGUUAUUAUUCUCUGUUGUGUUACCUUAGUUUAUGAGGGUAACCCUGUUUUUAUUGCCCCCUAACCACGUGAAUACAUUUGUAUACUGUGAGAUGCUGUUUUUUUGUUUAUAAUACUUGCAACAAACAAGUUUGCUGUUUAGCUGCCGUUUUUCUUAUUUCUGAUAAUUUUCAUGAUCUUAUGUUCAUCACAGGGGAAGUGUUUAGAGUCCGAGGCAGUGGUAAUCGUCAAAUGCAACGAAUAGGAGCAAGGGACCAACAGUGCCUUUUGCAUAUCUCUAAAUGGGGUUUGACGCUAGCACUGGAACGCACACGAGCUGUACUGGCCCAGUGGCCACUGACUACAAUACGCAAUUAUGAAUCAUUGGAUGCUAAUGAGUUCAUAUUUGAGGCUGGCAGAGCCUCACCAAUGGGUGAAGGAAAGUACGAUUUUUUCACACAAAAUGGUGAUGAUAACAGGAUAUUUGAUGUUAUCGAUAGUUUUGCUUCAGCUAGACUGAGGAGGCAGCAGGGGGUUCGUUCACCAGCGCCAUUAAAUCAUAACUUGACCGACGAUGACAUUGAAAGAGCUUAUGAUCAACUCCGGUUUUCAGUUAGCUGGCAGUCUACUGCAUCAGGUAUUUGCUCAGCUGAAAUACAAUGAUAUUAAUACACCUUGAAAUAAUAAAUUAGCAAGUGCCUGUACCAUUUUUCCUCAAAUGAGUGCAAAAUUUUUGCCUAAGCAGGGGGCAGGGGAGCCCUUAUAAAGUUUUGCUUUGAGCAAACUGAAUGUCUGCAGUAGGGUAGGUACAAAACUCAGACAGGAUCAGCUCAUUUACAUACAGGAUACAUAGUGGGUAUUAUUGUCUGAAAAGUAUUUGAGUGAGUUGAUCUGGUCCGAGUUUUGUACUUUUUUAAGGUUUUGUAACUAAAGUAGAGGUUUCCGCUAUUCAAAGACAAGAGAAUGGUCUAAGGUGUAUCUUGGAAAUUUUGGGUAUUUAUUUUUAUUUUAAAAGUGAAGAUAAAAGAACUAGCUCUGCAAGCAUAACUUUAUGUAGGUGGAGGUAACCCAAACUGGUCACUGAAUAAAGAAGAAACUUGGCAGGUAUUUUUUACACAUUGCAUUCCACAAACAUAAAUACAGGUCCCUGUGCUGCAGAUAAAUCAGCAAGACCAGAAGUGUUUCCUAGCCCUAAUCCCUAUCCAAAAUGUUGUUUUUGAUCAAGGGGCAACUAUUUGGUUUACCAGUAGUUACCAAUCAAUAAAACAGUGACCUGCAAUCGUGACCUAUGAAAUUUGACCUAUAAAAAACCCAUCCAAAUAAACUUUCAAUGUUAUCUAGGCCCUCCAUUCAGCUGGGAUGGGACGUUGAGGAACAUCAACCCAACUGCUCCACAAUCCAUUGAUGUAGCAGGCUCAGAACAAAGCAUGUACAACCAUCUGGGAAGAUCUGACAGUAUUGGAAGUGCACAUAGUUUAGGCGGUGUCUCUUUGAAUUCAGAGUCCAAUCUUAGCUACAAUCGUCUGGAUCGAUUGCCAAGCUGGGGUUCUCGGGCAUCUCAUGCUACGGACCAGUACAAUAGGCUUAACCCUGUUCCAUCAGCAAGUAGCAUACAUGAUGGCACCUACGAUCGAUUGGCUCGUUCACCUAGUACUUCAAGUCGUACCUCAGUUCCUCCUCUGGUAAGUUUGUAAGCAUGGCCAACACAAGUCUCUGCAUUGCUGAAAUAAAUAACAAUAAUUUUUUCACCAAAGUGGAGGUGGCUAGUGGUGUUAUUUACCGAGCUGUGAAGCGGUGAGGUAAAUAUCAGCACUAGCCACUGACACUGGGUUGAAUAAUUAUUUAGUAACACCAAAGAAAAUUGUAGAUUCCGUCUUAAUAAGUUUUCACAUUUUGGUCCCAUUUUGUGGGUUAGUGUGAUCUGGUUGAGUGGUCUGAAAUUGAUUAUUAUAAAAUACGUGUAAUGUGUGCUCAUCAAAAGUGCAAUCAAGUGGCCACUUUCAAAUUGAGUAAGGGACUGGGACUAAAUCACCUUAAUUAACCAAUAGAGUAUUGAAACUUGACAAAAAAAUCAAACAAACAAACAAAAAAAAACCAAUGGAAAAAAAAUCUCUUCCAGUAGCUCUCUAUGUUGAUAAAGUGUGCCCUAUAUUCAAAUUUACUAUAAUUUUCCAUCUUUUUGGCAGCCUUCAGAAAAUAAGAAUUAGACCAAUCUGGGAAUGGAUCAGGCUUUAUCAAUUUGACUGCUAAGGGAGGCGUACUUGAACAAAUAAUAAUUUUGCAGCCAAGACUGUGUAUGAAACCUGUAUGCUGGAAAGGUCCAUUGGGGAUUGUACCUCAAAAAGUGGGUGGGUUUAUGCUAGUCCUGCUAUAAGGGGUACUAAAAAUAUUUUUAUCUUUAACUUACAAAUCCACUAUGUAUUCUGCUUGCUAGACUGACUCCCAGAGCUGACUCCAUGAUACAUGUUAUGGUGUUUACAGGACCGAGGACUACAAAAAGAAGAAAAGCCUCCCUUGCCCUUGAAACGUUUACCACGGGGAAAAGGAACCAAUAAGCCAUCUGUAGACAAUGUGGGAAUUAGACAACCUGUUCGUGAUUUAACAAGUAGUAAAGCAUGUGCUCCAGAAUCAAGUGAUGGAAAGUCGAAAGUGGUUGAGCCCCACUCUUUGCCGGCAUCAUCCCAGAGAAUGACUAAUUUAUACCAGGAGAGUCCAGAGAAAGGAAGCUUUGCAAGGGAAGAAAGGAAAAUCUCAGUGGUUGGAUCUCCUAACUUUGUGUAUCUCAAUGCAGCUAAUUCAUCAAGUGUUGAAGUUCUACCUCAUGUUUAUGCUACAGUGGAUCCUAGCAAAAUGAAAAAGAACCGGCAGCAGGCUGAAAUGGCUUCAGACUCCGCUCUUGUCCAUACAAGGAGAAAAAGCAAGAGUUCUGAUAGCAUCUUGAGUGGUUCACCCUCAAGUCCACCCAAAUACACUCAUUUUGGAGCAUUUGCAGCUAACAAUGAUGAUAGCAAGGCACUUGAUGAUACAUUCUUUCCUAUCAUACCACCACAAAAGCCGCGCUCUGAAAGGGUGUCAUUAGCGAACACAGUUAGCCCAUCGGAUUAUGGUGAAGGAAAAGCAGAGUUUGUUACUGUUGCACCAGAACUACCAGCUAAGAAGGGCUCGUAUACUGGCCAAGUGGAGAUAUUAGAGAGAACUCUGUCAGAAAUGUCUAAUGUUUCAUGGGAAGGGGAAAAAAAGGAUGAUGAUUCUGCUACUUAGGCGUGGUUUAGAUGGGAUACUUCACAUGAGCCCAGGGUUGUUGUUAAGAUUUUGAGUUGCCAGGUAAAUACAAUAAGUAGGUGGGGAAUCAAACACCUAGGAGUUUCUUUUGGUUCUAAUUUUCUUCUAUUUGCCAAUAAAAGUAGCUGGGAGCCACACUCAUCGUAGCCGGGGGGAAUCCCCGGCCCCCGGCUCUAAAUGACAGUCCUGUGAGCCAAGUUAAAUUCAGUGAAUGAAGUUUAUGUGAAGUACAGCAUUUGAAUCAAUUUGAAACAGCUAACUGAAUUUGGAUAUGGCUCAGCUGUUCUUCAUGCCUGGCUGAAUAAUGACUGGGGACUGGUGGUGAUUCAGUCGUCAUUAAGGCAGUCUGAAUCAAUUCAGCUGGUGUAAAUUAAUUUGAGUCAGCUUAAACUUGAAGCGAGUCAGUUGGGCUCAUGUGAAGUACGGCAUCUGAACUGGUCCUAAAUCUUCUCUGAUGAGAACUGAAAACCAAUUGAAAUCAAUAAUAAUUAUUGCUACUUUAAGUUACGUUGUGGACAAUAUUAGUGUAAUAUUCAUUUGAUUUUUUUGUACUUUGAAAAUCAACAGGUAUAAUUGUACAAGAUCAUUUUAGUCCAUAGAUGCAAGAAUUAUUGUCAAUUUAUUAUAUAGUAAUGCUUUUUUAAGCCCAUCCACUUUAUUUAUGGGAUUAAAGAUAGGGAGGGCUAUAAAUUUAUUUUUAAAGUCACCAAGGGUUUAAUACAGCAACAUGAAGUUUGCUUACUCAUGUUGAUAUGUUAAUAACAGUGUUCUGUUCCUUGUGAGAGUGGAAAGUAAUACUAAUAUAACUAGUCCCUCAUUGGUGUGCUUUUGUUGGAUUGGGUUAAGAAGGCAGGAAUGUAGCUUAUAGCAAAAAGCUUACCACCAGCUCAAAUCGCUCUGGAAUACAAAGACAUGAGGUAAUUUUGAAGGUACAUUUGAGUACAAAAGCUGUCUUGACUUCUACCUAGCUACAUCCCUGAUUAUGCAGGGUGGGGCUCACUAAAGGCCAAUUAUGUGGGAUUGAGAAGAAUGGUUGUGAUAUGCUAUUCUUUUUAGUAAAGGCAUGUUUGUUCCAAAGGGGGCUGUUCGCCCAAGCUUUCUAGCUUUUUCUGUCUUCUAUACAGCUCAAGAUAGCCUGUUCAGAUAUUGACUGCAUUGUUCUCUCCUAUGUAAUGAAAGGCCUUCCCAAAUUCACUUCAAACAGCAAGACAACAUAGGGAAACUUCACUUUCAUUGA